CUUUCACUUGUUCGUCUCUCUCGCUGAAGAGAAUAAGGGCAGGGUUGAAGAAGACUAUGCGAGCGAUCGGGAUUGGAGGCGGAGGAGAUGACUGAUCCGGCGAUCAAGCUCUUCGGCAGGACCAUACCGUUGCAGGAGGGGAUGGAUGGUGAUUUUCCUGAUAAAGGUUCUGUCUUGGCGGCUGCAGAGGAUUUCGGAGAGAAGGAUGCUGACAAAGAGUUGAAGUUUGAAAGCAAGGAUCCAGCUUCUAAUGGCCCAGAGGAGCCAGAGCAGAAUGGGCAACAUGAUCCAUCUGAUUCAUGCAAUGGCAAUGGUGAAGAUCAUGAAACAUCUGCUCAAGGUGACAAAGUGACAGAAGAUGCUAAAAAUGAGCAAGAUCAGGCAGGGACUGAAACAAAGGUUCUCAAGAAACCAGAUAAGAUUCUACCAUGCCCUCGCUGCAAUAGUAUGGAUACCAAGUUCUGUUAUUAUAACAAUUACAAUGUCAACCAACCUAGGCAUUUCUGCAAGAACUGCCAGAGAUAUUGGACUGCUGGAGGGACAAUGAGAAAUGUUCCAGUGGGUGCUGGAAGACGCAAAAACAAACACACUGCCUCGCACCAACAUCAUUUAAUGAUGCUAUCAGAUGGAAUGCCCACAAACCGACUAGAUGCUUCUGAUUUAAAUCAUAGUCGGACUCUCCCCUCUGGGCCUUCGACAGCUUCCAUACCUAUCAAGGUAAAUGCAACUCUCUUGAAAUUUGGACCAGAAGCACCCCUAUGUGAGUCAAUGGCUUCUGUUCUUAAUCUUGGAGACCAGAAAAAAAAAUCUGAGUUGAGCUCCAUAGCUUGUGGUGAAAACGUGGAUGAACCCUCUUGUGCGUCUUCCAUGACAGUUCCCAAUGGUGUUGAAAAGGAACAUCCUGAAGGUGCCACUAACCUGAGGAACAGUAGCAUGCCAGGCUAUUGUACUGGAGUAAAUCCUCUGCAUCCUUUGCCAAGUUAUCCCGGUCCUCCUUGGGUUUACCCUUGGAGCCCGGGAUGGAAUAAUGUUGCUGCCAUGGCAGCAGGCCGGUCCUCAAAUGAGAAUGGAUCAGAAAAUGGACAUCCAAAUCCCAUCCCUUGGAACCCACCUCCUAUGGUAGUUGCUCCUGCAUUUUGUGCACCCGCUAUUCCCUUCCCUUUUAUACCACCUUCCUUUUGGGGUUGCAUGCCUACUUGGCCCUAUGGAGCAUGGAAUGCACCAUGGGCUGGAUCUAAUGGUGGCUUGUCACCGUCAUCUUCUACAAGCAACAGUGGUUGUUCCGGCAAUGGCGGCUCUCCUACCUUGGGCAAGCAUUCCAGAGAUGCAAAUUCUCAGUGUGAGGAGAAAGUAGAGAAGUCUUUAUGGGUUCCAAAAACUCUGAGGAUUGAUGACCCGGAUGAAGCCGCAAAGAGCUCUAUAUGGGCCACCCUCGGCAUCAAGCCUGAUGAAGGUGGUAUAUUCAAAUCUUUUAAGUCGAAGUCUGAAAGCAAAGGACAAGAAUCUGAUACUGCUCAAGUCUUGCAUGCGAAUCCAGCAGCCUUGUCACGGUCUCAGACUUUUCAAGAAAGCACUUAGGAAGGUUCUGCUUGGACAGUUUCUGGACUUCCAUGAAGAAUGCUUCCAAGCAUAUAGGGCAGCUUCUGAAGCGCUCAGAUCUACAUGGCCUCGCUUAGUAUGUACAACAGGCAACUGUUAGAUCUGACAGAAAGCUAAAUUUAGAAAUCUCGUUUUGUUUCUUUAAAGCUCAGGAGACAAUCAGGUUUGUGUAGCCUAUUCUAUAUUUUCUCAGCAUUGUAUUCUGUAAAUAGCAGAGAGAUACGUAACAACUUAUAGCUGCUAGUCCAAAUAUUGUUCCUGUAACUGUUGCCUUCCCAACAAUGUGGAGUGUGAUUGGCAAUAAUACUCGGUUAAUUAAGGUGAAAAUGCAUUUGAUUA